AUGUCUGAUGAUACUUCUCUUCCGUCAGUCGAAGAAGUUAAUCAAUGGAGCCCGCAACAAGUUAUUGAAUUUCUGGAGUCUUAUAAUAGAGAAAAAAAGUUAUUUCUUGAAGAUGGAGACAUUAAAGCAAUUAAAGAUAACCGUGUCCGCG